AGUUUAAUGAAAAGUAAUUGCAUUGAAAUAAGAUGCUGACAUGGAAUCAUAUCAUUGACAUAUUUAGUUAUUUACUCUAAAAGGUUUGCUGACUACAUUACUACAAUCCUUAACCACAUAUUGCAGCCUCGUUGACUGCUCGACUCAAUCUCAAUCUGAUCACAGGAAGUGUUUCUAGCUAUGCACAGUUGCACUUAGUAUAUCUGGAAAACAUUGAUUUUCUUUGUUUACAUGCAGUCCAAUUAGGUGAGAAUUUUUGCAGUGGAGAAAUGGAGUUAUGGAUGAGUCUUUGAUUCAACAUUAAGACGUUGAGGAGUACUUGCAUCCUGUGGUACUUAGCAUACUCACUCUGCAAAGGAUUGAGGAACAAGAACAUAUGGCCGGCAGCGGAAGCGGAAGCGGGAGUGGGAGCAGCAGCAGCAGCAGCAGCAGCAGCCCGCCAUGCGCAUCGUGCAAGCUGCUGCGGCGGCGGUGCACGCAGGAGUGCGUGUUCGCGCCCUACUUCCCUCCCGAGGACCCUCACAAGUUCGCCAUCGUCCACAAGGUCUUCGGCGCCAGCAAUGUCAGCAAGAUGCUGCAGGAGCUGCCUGCUCAGCAGAGAGCGGACGCCGUGAGUAGCCUAGUGUACGAGGCGAAUGCGCGCAUGAGGGACCCAGUCUACGGCUGUGUCGGCGCCAUCUCCUACCUCCAGCAGCAGGUCUCUCAGCUCCAGGUGCAGCUCGCCCUCGCCAAGGCCGAGAUCCUCUGUGUCCAGAUGCAGCACGACGAGUCAGCUUCAGCUGCCGCCGCGCCGGCUCCGGCAAAGCAACAACUACAUCAUCACCACCACCAGCAGGAGGAGAUGGAAUGCGAGGCUUAUGGCAGCCUGCUCGUGCAGAAUGGCCUGAUGAUGAACACGUUGAACAGCACUGGUGCAGUUCAUCAUCAGCAGCAGAUGCUGGGCAGCUUCGGCUCCGCAGGGAACACUGCAAUGAUGCUGCAGGAGGCGUGCCUCAAGAAAGAGACCCUUUGGGCAUGAAUGAAUGAAUUAUGUACUUCCAUUUGUCGAUAAGAAAAAAAAAAAACUUCUUGUCUCUAUGCCUGUUCAUCUCAUCUGUAAUUUUCUGAAAAGAUGGGAAAUUAUCAAGAGACGAGCUAGUUAACUGGGUCA